AUGUCAGACCUUGUGAACAAGAUCAAGGAGACAUUGGUCCCCUCCAACACUGAGAACAGCAACAAUGGGUCUCACCAAGAGUCUCACAAUACUGGUUCUCUUCGAGAGACUUACCACACCGGCUCAAAUAACGCCGAGUCGUUCAACAACAUCAACCAGACCAACCAGCGAGAACUUGGUUCCAACUCCAACAUUUCUCCUCUCGAUGCAACAAGCAACCAGAACCAGCAGACCGAGGGUGUCCGUACAGGCGACAGGAUCAACUCGCUGGUAGAGAACGUGCCUGGCGUUCCCUCAUCCCAGUCAAAGACUUCCAAUACAGAUUCUUACCAGAACGACAUGCACAAGUCUCCCGGCGCCACUCUUGAUGCUACCCGUGCCCCUCCUUCUGCCCUUAAGAAGCAUCUUGGAGAGCCUAUCAUUGCGCACGACUAUCCUCAUGAGAGCACAACCAAGAGACACUCUUCUGUCAGCCACCAGGAGGAGCACUAUAACCUCAACUAG